UGUCUGUAUCUUCAUUUUUUGUCAGCCCAACUGAUUGUUGUCCUUCCACUUUUACUUUCACGUAAUCCCGACUGAUUCAGACGGACGGGUUAAAUUCUAUCGUAUCAGCUUGUUUUAUCACUGAUUAUUUAUAUUUUAUAAGCAUCCUGCACGUCCAUAGAGCGGUCCUGUUGAGGGAAGUUUUAAGUAUUUCCUCCAAAUUCUAUCGUCAACGGAUAAUUGCAUUUAUUAUCAGGAACGCGUAGAAUGCAGUUCCGCUUCUUCCCUGUUGCAUGCUGUUCCUGUCUUGCAAUGGCGUCGCUGAUGGGAUUUUCCGUGGGAUCGCUCUGGACCGAUCAGGGAUUUGAUAGCUCGCCGAUGACAAUGGAGGCGUUCGCACUGUCUCGAGCCUUGUUGCAGCUGGACGACUGGGAGUGGUCUGUGGACAGCUACAAUCGCAGCGAUCGCGUGUCCUUUUCACUGUGGGAUCUGCCUUCCUUUGAUUCAUUAGAACUUUCCAUGCCGACAGAGAAAAGAUGCCCGUCAAGCCAGCAUGCGAAGUCCUUCUCAAGACAACAUACUGUGGCUUUUUAUCCCGUUAUCUUUGACGAUAUGUUUUCCAUUGAUAAGCGCGGGAACACGCUCCAUUACGUCGAUGAUAAAUCAUCGGUCGCCCGCAGUGCCUAUGACAUUUUCCCUUCCCUUCGCCGUCUAUCGUCCACCGUGGUCCGAUCGAUGAAGUACGCCUUACCUUUUGGAAUCAGCAUCGUGACCUCGUCCUAGGCGCACGACGCAAACGGGAACCAGUCGUUUCUUUCUUUUCGUUGAUCUGUGAUUUACCCAUGGCCGCUUUGUUUAUUCGCUACCCAAGCAUGCUUUGCCUAGAUUUUGUUUUUGGAAAUUCCUGUAGAUAGUACUUUUUAAGUUUCAAUCUUUUUAAAAGUUUUCAUUGAUCACUUUUUCAUCGCAUAUGAGACGCACUGUGCAAAUGCAGUUGGAUCUCGGUUGAAUUAUACUGCAGUGUUUUAAACCGCGGAGCCUUUCCUGUUCUGGGCUUAAAGUUUUACCAAAGAGAAACCUUGUGCUCAUUAAAAUAAAUGAACA